AUGAGAAGAUGCUUGGAACCUGGGAUCAAGGUUGCCAUUACCUUGAGAUAUCUGGCCACUGGUGACUCAUACAUGUCCAUGGCCUAUGGUUUCUGGGUUGCUCCUAACACCAUCUGCAGUGUAGUGCCUGAAGUAUGUCAAGCUAUCUACGAUGAGUUCCAUGAAGAGUUGAUCAAGUGUCCCAGUAGCCCUGAUGAGUGGAGAGAAGUGGCCAAGGGAUUUGCUGAUCGAUGGAACUUCCACAACUGUAUUGGGGCGAUUGAUGGCAAGCAUGUGAAGAUCCAAGCACCUGCCAAUAGUGGGAGUCUCUAUUACAAUUGCAAGGGAACUUUCUCUAUUGUUUUGAUGGCAGUGGUUGAUUCCCAGUACAAGUUGCUCUACAUAGAUGUUGGUGCCAAUGGAAGCUGUUCUGAUGGGGGAGUAUUCAAGGGAACUAGUCUGUACAAGGCCCUUGACCAGGGGAAGGCUGGCCUGCCACCUCCAGAGCCACUACCCAACAGCCAGGUGCCUGUUCAUUAUAACCUAGUUGCAGAUGCUGCCUUUGCACAGAAGAGUUGGCUUGUGAAGCCCUUCUCCCAGAGGAACUUGACCAAGCAGAUGAGGAUCUUCAAUUACAGGCUGUCAAGGGCCAGAAAUCCAGUGGAGAAUACAUUUGGUAUUCUGGCCCAGCGCUUCAGGUGCCUUCUUGGUACAAUCUUGGUGAGACCAGACAGAGCUAUCAAGAUCGUGUUGGCAUGCUGUUGCCUGCACAACCUGCUGGUAGAGAGGAAACCUCAGAAAGUGCAGAGGAGAGUGGACUUUGAAGAUCCUGACACCCAUGAACUAGUUGAGGGAAGUUGGCGCCAAGAAGACCAGGUCUUGUUACCACUCCAGAAUACUGGGAGAAACACAACAACCAAGGCAGGAAAGGAUCUCAAAGACUUUCCGAUGGAUUACUACAAUGGAUCUGGAAGUGUGGAGUGGCAAGACAGAAUGGUAGAUCCAGCAUACAUCGUUAAGAAGAGAAAGAAGUGGGUCCAGAGGCCAGAACAGCAGCCACAGCCACAACCUGAACCAGUACCAGAAGACAGCAGUACAGAGGACAGCAGGACAGCAUGA